AUGAUUACCACCCACCGAAAGUGCUGUUGGUCCGGGGUUAUGGUUCAGCGUCAAGGUUACCCACCAAACAAAGUUGGAAAGUGCUUGGCUUAUCUCCAAUUAAGCGCCCACGCGCCCUGCAACUAUGACACGCAAAACACGUCAGAGAUUUUGCCUUCCGACCGAAUGACCUUGCCCGUGGGUAUCCACAGCCUACUUAUCAUCAGCGUCCUGGCAGUGAGAAACAAACGGAAUCUCUGUCAUGCCAAGUUCAAUAAGUCCCGACAGGAGGAAGCCCAAAUAGGGCAGGUUGCUCGCACAGGCCCACGGCCGAAAUCCUGCACAGGGGCUAGGCGCUGCGUCGGCAAGGAUUGGAUUACCGGCGACGAACAAGCCCCCUGGCCCGCGGUUGCCUCCCAGGCUUUGGGGGAGGGAGUUCAUCUCCAGGUGCACCCACCCCCGCCAUCUCCUUCCAUCGCCGACCCCACACUGCCUUUGCUUUCGCAUGACAAUGCUCGCGACUCCGGCCCUGGCCUGCAGCAAAAUCAGACCGGCAACAGCGCAAUCUGGGCCGGUGAAAACCUGGCAACACACGCAGAUUGUGUCAGACUGAAGAUAAGCACAGUUAUGUUGGCGGCUUUGCAAGAUAGACGCACUGUCGGAUAUGCUGAAGGUCCGGAACGAUGCAUAGAGUCGAGUAACACUGCAUCAGGCGGCCGGGCAGAGCGACCAUGGUUUGGAAAAGGUCAGGCUGAGGUCGACGUGACACUCACGCCAGCCUGGGGAAAGCGUAAGGGAACGGUGACUGCUGAUCUUCAACCUAUUCUUGAAGAAAUUAAUGGACGGCCGCAUUUAAAUGGCCUUGUUUCACAGUGA